AUGGCAAAAACAAUUACCGUGGACGAAGCACUGGCAGAACUCGGAGGAUUCGGGUUAUUUCAAUGGCUUAUUUAUCUCGGUGCGAGCAUUGCCGAAAUGGCUGUGACUUAUCAAAUAUUUUUGUUGACGUUUAUAACCGCCGAGCCCAAGUGGCUUUGCAGGAACGAGAGUUUGAUAUGUAAUUUCAGCGAGCCUAUGGGUCUGACAGACGAUGAUUACGAGGCGAGAUGUGAUAUGCCCAGAUCGGAGUGGAAAUUUGCGGAUGAUUUUACGUCUAUUGUUACUGAGGUUGGUUCAGAUCAGUAUGUUGCAAUUUAUUGA